CUCACUACCGGUAACUUGCCUCUUGAGAAGUGCAUGAGUACGAGGUAUUACGGCUGACUUGUCACACUCCUGCUGGUUUCCUUGUGAAGUUGAACUGUCCGUGAAGCGAGCUCUCAUCUCCGUGAAAUCCUCCACGGAGAAAACGCAGAUUUCAAAUGACACACACUUUUACCCACACAAUUGCCAACAGCGCCAUUUUUGUCAAGAGCAGACGUCAGAUAUGACUCCGACGGUCGACACAACGUGCAGCGACUUCACCCCAGAUUCACACUGUUUACCUGUCGACGGAAUGGCGCUUUAAGUGACAAUUUAAGACACGGAAGAGAAGACUUGCUGAAUGAAACUUUCUAUCAUUUCUACUGGAGUGGUUAAGAAGUAUUUUUUUUAGGGGUGCCGUUUUUGUUUCAAACAGCCGAGUUGACUGUGACUGUGGACCGCUGGAUGGGACGCAGAUAAAAAUGUUUGCUCACCUCAAGUUCUAUGUUGGGAGGUUAACAGCAAUGUCAGGGGUCGCCCGUUUUGGAAAAUGAUUACAAGCAGCACCGACGGUAAAAUAAUGGUCAGAAGAUGUCUACUGACGUUCAAACCGUUCAGGAUAUUCGUGGUGGGAAUUGGCUUCUUCAGCCUGUGCUUUCUAAUGACCUCUCUGGGGGGGCAAUUCUCAGCCAAGAGACUGGGGGACUCCCCCUUCACCAUCCGCACAGAAGUGCUGGGAGGUGUGGAGUCACGUGGCGUGCUGAGGAAGAUCAGUGACAUGCUCGAGGUGAUUCUGAAGAGGAUGGACAGCCUGUCCAAACUUGACAACACCUCCACCACUGACGCACGGCGCCUGGAUGAGCUCAGCUCUGCCAUCAACAGGUUUCAACCAGCCGGCCUGGUGGAGAGAAUUCAAGCUAUAGCCCAGAACGUCUCCAACAUGGCCAUCCGAGUGGAGCAGAUAUUGCAAAACAGCAUGGUACAAGGCCGAGUAGUGAGAGAUGGAACAUCAAGCCAGUGUGAUGUACCAAGAGACCCACGAUUCCCCGAGUGUCCUGGGAAAGUAGAUUGGAUGCGUGCGCGCUGGACAUCGGACCCUUGCUAUGCUUUCUAUGGGGUCGACGGCUCAGACUGCUCUUUCCUCAUAUACCUGAGCGAGGUGGAAUGGUUCUGCCCCCCACUGGCAUGGAGGAACUACAGCAGCCCCCUCACGCAACAUGCACAGCAGGCAAAGGCUCCUAAGAGACAGGCGGCUUUCCGCACAGACCUCUCUGUACUGCUGGACCAGGUUGGGACAGGAAAAGAGUCCCUCAGCUUUAUGAAGCGCCGAAUCCGCCGCCUCGCACAGCAGUGGGUAACAGCUGCUAACCGUCUGGAUGCCAAGUUGAAGCAACAAUGGAGGGACCAGAAGAAGAUCCUGGUCCAUGUAGGCUUCCUUACAGAGGAGUCUGGAGAUGUUUUCAGCCCCAAGGUGCUGAAAGGAGGUCCUCUGGGAGAGAUGGUCCAGUGGGCUGACAUCCUCACUGCCCUCCAUGUUCUUGGCCAUAACCUCAAGAUCUCUAUGUCUGUCAAAGAGCUGCAGGGGUUCCUCGGCGUGCCUCCCGGCAGAGGCAAUUGCCCCCUCACUGGCCCGCUGCCCUUUGACCUCAUUUACACGGACUACCACGGCCUGCAACAGAUGAAGCAGCACAUGGGGCUCUCACUCAAGAAACACAAAUGUCAUAUCCGAGUGAUCGACACCUUUGGGACAGAACCAGCUUACAAUCAUGAGGAGUACGCGACCUUGCACGGCUACCGGACCAAUUGGGGCUAUUGGAACCUCAAUGCCAGGCAGUACAUGACCAUGUUCCCACACACACCAGACAACUCAUUCAUGGGCUUUGUUUCGGAGGAACUGAAUGAUACAGAGAAGAGAAACAUCCAGCAAAACAAAGUCAACAACAUGGCUGUCGUGUACGGAAAAGAGGCCAGCAUGUGGAAGCUUCAGCAGGGUAAAGAGGGUUUCCUGCAGAUUCUCCAUAGGUACAUGGAGGUCCAUGGCACAGUGUACUAUGAGACCCAGAGACCUCCUGAAGUCCCGGCUUUUGUGAAGAACCAUGGUCUGCUGCCCCAGCAUGAGCUGCAGCAACUACUGCGCAAAGCCAAGCUCUUCAUCGGCUUUGGUUUCCCCUAUGAAGGCCCAGCCCCUCUUGAAGCAGUGGCCAACGGCUGCAUCUUCCUCCAACCCAAGUUCCGCCCACCCCACAGCUCACUCAAUCAUGAGUUUUUCAGAGGCAAGCCCACUUCUAGAGAGGUGUCCUCCCAGCACCCGUAUGCAGAGCAGUACAUUGGCAGACCUCAUGUUGUGACAGUGGACUACAACAACUCUCUGGAGUUUGAUGCUGCCAUCAGGGAAAUUAUGAGGACCAAGGUUGAGCCAUAUCUGCCUUAUGAGUACACCUGUGAGGGAAUGCUGGAGAGGGUGCACGUCUACAUACAGCAUCAGGACUUCUGUGCCCCAGAGCCUCCCUUUGUUCCAGCGAACCUCUCCAGACAGGGGUCUUCUGGUGGUAACAGGAUUACAGGACCUCUCUUUGUGCCCCUACCCAGUUCUAUAGCCCUGGGUUGGGCAUCCAAUGUGACAGCUCCCCGUGCCUGGCCUCCUGUCACAUCCCUCAGGCUGCUCAUAUCCCAGGAGGGCCAGUCAUGUGUGGAGGCAUGCCAGUCAGCUGGCUUCAUCUGUGAGCCUGCUCACUUCCGCUUCAUCAACAACAAGGAGGCCCUGCGUGGGUUGGAGGUGCAGUGCGACGUGGUAGACUCCGAGAUCAACCAUAUCCUUCCUGGCUUCUCUGUGGUGCGGCGGGAGUGCAGCCUCCAGCGGGAACCCCUCCUCUUCAGCUGCGCAGGGCACUCCCCCAAAUACAGACGUCUUUGCCCCUGUAGGGACUUCCGCUACGGCCAGGUGGCGCUGUGCAGAGACUGUCUAUAAUGACAGGGCACAAGAAGGACAGACACAUAAGUAGUAGACACAGAGUGAAGGGGGGGAAAAGGGUGACUGAACGCAGCCACAGGCCAGAACAGGUGUAAAGCUGGGAGAUAAAUGAUGGUACAGAGAAGCAGCUUCACCCCAAAAACAGUAAAUGUAUGAUGAAGAGGAGCAGGCACACCAUGAUUUGAAAAGCUUAAAGUAGGCUUGGAUAGCUGCUAGGUUGUCUGUGCUCGACUGCAGUUGUUAAAGCAGCUGUUAUACUGUUACAGGCUGGAGAUGUACAGCAGUAAGGCUUCCUAGAGCAGGGCAAAGAUUCCAGUUAUUACAACAAGGAAGUAAAGGGGGAGUUACAGUUCACCAAGCCAACCACAGGGCAGUAGUUUCUACAAGACGCUGACUGGUGAUAAUGAUACACAACAUUUCAUUUUUGAAAACUGCAUCAUGCAAAAAAUUAAGGGGUUUAAGUUUGAACAUGUAUACAUAUGACUGCAGAGAAACUCAGUAUUUGGUUUAUAGUGUCAUUCCAUGACAGAGUCUUCAAAUGUUGUGACUUGGAGAAGACAACCUCGGGUCAAUAUCCAAUCUCCUUUCUGCACUUGGACAAAGGAUGACAGACAACCGGGUUAUCUCUCUUGCCUUUUCUCCCCUCCUCCAAUGAUGGACAGAGUCAUUUAUCAGACUGAACCCCUAGUCUGAGGCAACAUCGGUCAAUGCAAUCAUCUCUGGCCACAGAAUGAAAGGAGGGCACAGGACAAAGAUAAAGGCUACAAGAUUAUUUUUCCAUAAAUACGCCUUUGGAGCGCUCAGCUGGAUUUUUAAAGUGCCCUCUGGGCUUUAUGGUGGAAAAAAAAUCAUGAAAUAAAAAAAUUCUGAUCCAAAUGUUGA